CGUUCCCAUUUUGGCAUUUCUUUCUUGACUUUCCCCUCGUACUCACAUGAUCUUAAAUUGCAAUUAAGUAAUUUUGAAAUCCAUAAUCGAAAAAUAUCCAGAGUCGCAUUCAAUCCAAUUGGAGUGCAAGUCAAGGAAGAGUUUCGGUUUCUUCCCCCAUUCGAUCCGAUCCAGAAGAUCCGAAAAUUUUGAUCAUGAGUUUCGAACCAUCCGGAACUGGCGCCCGGUCGCCGUCGCCGGGAAACUCCGGAGCUAAGGGAAGCUCCUCGUCGUCGUCGGGGGUAACCAAGGAGAAGCAGAAGGAGAAAGCGAGAGUUAGUAGAACGUCACUGAUAUUGUGGCACGCUCACCAAAACGACUCUGGUGCCGUUCGCAAACUCCUCGAGGAGGAUCAGUCCCUCGUCCAUGCCAGAGAUUACGACAGCCGCACCCCUCUCCAUGUUGCAUCGCUUCAUGGCUGGAUCGAUGUUGCCAAGUGUUUGAUUGAACAUGGUGCUGAUGUCAAUGCCCAAGAUCGCUGGAAGAACACUCCGCUAGCUGAUGCGGAAGGUGCUAAAAAGCACGGCAUGAUCGAGUUAUUAAAAUCUUAUGGUGGCCUGUCCUAUGGCCAAAAUGGAAGCCAUUUUGAACCGAAGCCCGUUCCUCCCCCUCUGCCGAAUAAAUGUGACUGGGAAAUUGAUCCUUCUGAGCUGGAUUUUUCAAACUCAGCUAUUAUUGGCAAGGGGUCCUUCGGUGAAAUUUUGAAGGCCUAUUGGCGUGGAACACCUGUAGCUGUCAAACGUAUUCUUCCAUCGCUUUCAGAUGAUAGACUAGUGAUCCAGGACUUCCGGCAUGAGGUUAAUCUGUUGGUGAAGCUACGCCACCCUAACAUAGUCCAAUUUCUUGGAGCUGUCACUGAGAAGAAACCCCUUAUGUUAAUUACUGAAUACUUAAGAGGGGGUGAUCUUCACCAAUACCUAAAGGAUAAAGGUUCGCUCAGUCCUGCAACAGCCAUCAAUUUUGCACUGGACAUCGCCAGGGGAAUGGCUUAUCUCCACAAUGAGCCGAAUGUUAUAAUUCACCGUGACCUAAAACCAAGGAACGUUCUUUUAGUCAAUUCCGGUGCAGACCAUCUAAAAGUUGGUGAUUUCGGUCUAAGCAAGCUCAUCAAAGUUCAGAAUUCACAUGAUGUGUACAAAAUGACUGGCGAGACCGGAAGCUACCGGUAUAUGGCUCCUGAAGUUUUUAAACACAGGAAAUAUGAUAAGAAGGUGGAUGUGUUUUCUUUUGCAAUGAUAUUAUAUGAGAUGCUUGAGGGAGAUCCUCCACUAGCUAAUUACGAGCCUUAUGAAGCUGCCAAAUAUGUGGCUGAAGGUCAUAGGCCGGUGUUCCGUGCAAAGGGAUACCUUCCUGUACUGAGAGAGUUAACAGAAGAAUGUUGGGCAGCCGACAUGAACAAGAGACCUUCUUUCUUGGAAAUUCUCAAAAGACUCGAAAAGAUCAAGGAAAAUCUACCAACUGAUCAUCACUGGAAUUUAUUCAAUGCAUAACAUUCAAAGUGAUGGUAUGAUCUAAUAUGUGAAUGAAGUAGUAUGCCGUUCCUAACAUUCAGCUUUAUCCUGCUCAAUCAUGCCCCUGAAGUUGGAAGGUUUUCACGACUAGCAAAACUUGUGAAAAAGAUUUUACGGCUGCUUUCGCUCUGUUCAAAUGCUGAUUUUGAACAGAGCCUGUGAUUUCGAUUGAAAUUUCUCAUUUUUCUUCACCUGCCAUCCCAAAUCCCCAGUCCUAUUUCCCAUGGAGGAUAUUCUUCCAGAAUGUGGCCUUCCAUGUUUCGUAUGAUUUAAUUGUUUCUUCUCAUCUUUCAAUUGUAAUUUAGUUGUGGUAACGGAGAAAACACAAACAUUCUAUGUAAUUCUACUUCCAUGGCUUCUCUGACUCUUGUCUUCUCAUGUAAAUGAUGGAUUUAGUUUGUUGGAUUUUAAAAAGGACGCCUGAGAAAACUUUUACUA